CGCCCCGGCCCGGCGCCUGGUCCCCGCUUGCUGAUUUCUGCGCCCUGCGCCCCGCAGCCACACUCUCUUAGGUUUUUCCUGCAGAGCUGAGGAAAGGAAGAAGUCCAGCCGCCAAGCCCAGCCCUUCACCGGCGCGCAGCCCCGACGGGGCCGCGGCAGGCGCGGCGACAGCGCCGACGGAGCCAUGAGAGAGUACAAAGUGGUGGUGCUGGGCUCGGGCGGCGUGGGCAAGUCCGCGCUCACCGUGCAGUUCGUGACGGGCUCCUUCAUCGAGAAGUACGACCCCACCAUCGAGGACUUCUACCGCAAGGAGAUUGAGGUGGACUCGUCGCCGUCGGUGCUGGAGAUCCUGGACACGGCGGGCACGGAGCAGUUCGCGUCCAUGCGGGACCUGUAUAUCAAGAACGGCCAGGGCUUCAUCCUCGUCUACAGCCUCGUCAAUCAGCAGAGCUUCCAGGAUAUCAAGCCCAUGCGGGACCAGAUCAUCCGCGUGAAGCGGUACGAGCGCGUGCCCAUGAUCCUGGUGGGUAACAAGGUGGACCUGGAGGGCGAGCGCGAGGUCUCCUAUGGCGAGGGCAAGGCCCUGGCCGAGGAGUGGAGCUGCCCCUUCAUGGAAACGUCGGCCAAAAACAAAGCCUCAGUGGACGAGCUGUUCGCCGAGAUCGUGCGGCAGAUGAACUACGCGGCGCAGCCCAACGGCGACGAGGGCUGCUGCUCGGCCUGCGUGAUCCUCUGAGGCGCCCGCGGCCGCCGUGCGCCGGCCGCGCUCUGCGCACAAAAGCCAAACGCACCCAACUCUCUAAAUGUGAUUUCUCUUAUUGCUUUGAGAUUGGAGACGGCUUUGCAUUGGCCGGGGUGGCCCUGGAGCCCGGCUGGCCUCUGCGGCCGGCGUCCCCAGCCUCCUCCCCAUGUCCGAAGGGGUGUCCCGUUCUGACCAUCCGAGACCCGGUGGAAAUGUGGCUCUUUGCAGCAUGUACGUUUCUCAUUGAUUUUGGUUGACGCAUAUUUUUUCCUUUAAGUAACCGUUAGGGCGCUCUAUUGGCAGCUUGACACCAGCAAGCGAAAGUUUCAGCCUGGAAAAAAAAAAUGAGGUGAGGGAGGAAGAGGACAGGGAGAAGGUAGAAUGGGGGGGGGGGGGUCUUUUUUCUUUCAUUUUUAUUUUUUAUUUUUGUCAACAACCGUUUUCUAGUUCCAAGUUUUAAAUACAUGGAAGUCCGGGAGAACCAAAUGAAGGAGCAGGAGGAGAGGAAGAAACUUUUGUUUUUUCCUUGUUUUCCAGGAGUAGCUGGAAAUUAUGAUCGGGUUCCUUUUCUGCCAGCUUGGAAGGGCAACCCCGUGACUUUGCGAUUCUGAGGAUGUCUAUGCAAAGUUGGAUUCUUGUUACAAUGUAUCCAAUCUGAAGUAUUGCACAUCUGAAAUGGGACUAUUAACACUGAUGCCAAUACAGUGUGGGGUGCCAGAAAGUGUCUGCUGAUAAUUUGUGGGGGGAAAAAAAUCUAUUUUGUUUACCUACUGUAUCAAAGGGGAGUCUGGGGGAGAACGGUAGUAUUUUUUUUUAUCAGCUGUGAAAAAAAAUGUUACAGAUCUGCACA